AUGGUUGAAAAGUAUCCAGAAAAGAUUGAAUUUGCUGAUGUGGACAUUAGCGAUCCUGAUAUAUUGGAUCGACCAAGUAAUCGUUUUAGAAGAACUCCAAUUAUUGUUACGCUGUCGAACACCGAUAUAGCAACUGUAGAAAUACAAAAACUGCUAGAGGCAGGUAUGAAUAUUGUAAAAUUCAAAAUGUCGUUCACGACCAGAGGGGACAGAAUUCGACUCCUUGGGAGAGUAGAUAAAGCAGCAAUGGCGUGUUGCCGCAAAAUUGGCAUUCUUGAUUGGCCUGUUGCGUCCUGUGUUGAACUAAAGACUUGUAUUGUUAAGACUGGCUUGCUUGAAAGUAAUGCAGAUUUUAUUCCCAUUAAAGAAGGCACACGACUUAUUUUGACGUGCAAUCCAUGCGAACUGAAUAAAUGUAAUGAGAAAAAGAUAUUCGUUGAUAAUCCAACCUUAUCCAAAGAUAUUGUACCGGGAACAGAAAUAUCUAUUGGAUCCAAUGAGAUAAUACUAAAAUGCGAAACUGUGAUUGAUCGCGAUCGUAUUAAAUGCUUAGUUGUCAAAGGAGGUAACUUGAGUAAUGUAUGUAAUGUAUGUGCGAGAGGAGUGAAACACACCCAACCAUAUAUAACGAAGAAAGAUUUGGAUAUUGUCAAGUUUGCAUUGAGGUAUCAAAUUGAUAUGAUAAUUGUGAACUACGUUAGACAAGUGGAGACUUUGAGGGAAAUAAAAAAGUUUAUUGGCAAGACUACGAGACCGUUAAUAUUUUGUGGUAUCUGUACUGAAGAUGGGUUAAAAAAUAUCGAUGAUAUUAUAAAGGAAUCAGACGGUAUAAUACUUUCAAGAGAGUUUUUACCGUUCGAAAUUGAGGCUUCGGAAAAAUAUCGACUGCCCCACAUACAGAAAUGGAUAGGUGGAAAAUGUUUGAAGGCGGGGAAACCAUUUUAUUUAUCUGGUGGAUUGUUCAGGGAGGCUUUAUAUAGUGGUCAAUUUCAUGACAGCGAAAUAUCCGAUGUUGUCAAUGCAAUCAUGGAUGGAGUCAGCGGUUUUAUACUCAGGGACUGCUUCAACGUCACCCACGCUUUGGAGGUAUUGUAUGCGAUUAAUGAAAUAUGCUACUUUGUUGAACCACUAGUUACAAGUCGAAGAGGAUUCUGGAGGAGUCUGGAUGAUAUCAAAGUCCCAGUUAACGCUGCAGAAGCGGCAAUGAUGUCAUGUGCACUAGUUGCGAAUCAAACGAAUGCGCGUCUAAUUGUAUUGCCCACUGUCUCCGGGAAGACCGUCAAAGCCUUACACUGUAUGAGACCGUCAUGUAUUGUUAUUGCAGUUAGCACUAAGAUACAUGUGUUCCGGCUGUUACAUACCUACAGGAGCGUCUUACCUCUGAUGUUUAAAGAAAGCCGGACAUCAGCAGGAAAAACCUGGGAAGAUGCUCUUGAGGACCGCAUACACUUUGCUAUAGAAUACAUGGUGCAGCGAGGUUACGUAGUAUAUGGUGAUUUUUAUAUAACUCUACAAAGGGGCUCCGAAGAUAGCUCUUUUUGCGAUAUGGUCAGAGUAUGGAAAGUCAGCAUUACAAAGAAACUCUUGGUUGAGUAA